AAUGGCGUAAUCUCGUAAUUAUCUUCAACUCCAAUGGCAUUUCACUUUCAUAAAUUCCAUAUAUACGUUCCACCUUCCACACUACCAAAUUCCCAUUACAACGAAACAAAACCCGCUCCGUUACUUUUUCCACACUCCACCUUUUUCUCUUUCACUUUUUCAAUUUUCAAAUGUCACCGUCACCGUCGACUACCACCGGAAAAAUCAGUAAAAUCCGCCGCAUUGUGCGGCUCCGAGAAAUGCUUCUCCGGUGGAGAAAGAAAGCUAGAUUAGCAACCACCUACGAUGUACCGGAAGGACACGUGGCGGUUUGCGUGGGUCCUACCAUGAGGAGGUUCGUCGUUCGCGCUAGCUACUUGAAUCACCCGAUCUUCAAGAAGCUUCUGAUGCAGGCGGAGGAAGAGUACGGAUUCUGCAACCAUGGACCGCUUGCUAUACCGUGUGAUGAGUUUGUGUUUGAAGAGCUUCUUCGGGUUAUGGCCCGACCCGAGCCUAGAUUAUCGACGCUUGAGGAUUUUCAGAGACGGUGCCACGUGGAUGUGAGAAAUAGUAGUGGUUUUGAGUUUGUAGGAGAAUCGAGACCUUUGCUUCAUGAUGAUCUAAUUUGCUGAGUCAGUGAGUGAGUUCACUCGGUCUUCAUGGAUCGGCUAAAAGAUUAUCAGUUAUCACUAACUUUUUUUGUUGUUAUUUUUGGGUAUUUUUUGUCCCAAUGAUUGGUGUUAGGUGAGUUUGUUUUAGGAAAAUAUAUUUAUUAGUGAUUGAUGAUAAAAAAAAAUAUGAAUCUGGUUUGAUUAUUAUUUUAUUCAUAUUUUAUUUUUGGAUUUGAGUGCUCACCGGUCACGGUUGUUGUGGAUUGUAAUUUGUAAAUAAAAAUAUGUAGAUGCAAAUUAUUACUUUGAUCAUUUUUCAAGGAAGUUUUGCACAAAGUUGUAACCAAAAAAGGAAGAUUGUAAAAAGUGUUCAUCUUUUUUAUCUA